AUGAAUGUACCGAGACGUGCUCGAGCGUUCCACUCAACGCCUCCGAGGAAUGGCUUGCCAGUGAUACCGUUGUUUCUCUCGUUCCUCAAGACUUCCAGUGCUAUUCAACUAGCGAGCACCGUCUCUCGAAUCGCUCUGACGUUCAUGCCCAUUGCCCUCCUCAACAGGCUCAAGAGCCGCAGGAAGCUUCAGAGGAUUGACGCGAGGAUCAAGGACGGCAAGGCCAGCGACUCGGACGAACUGCAGAAGCGACGGGAGACGGUCACCGAGCGGUUGCGCAACAGUACACGACUCUUCCAACUUGUCCUCUUCACCCCCAUCGUCCUCUUCUGGCUCACCAUCGUCGCCAGCCUCGAAAGGACGCCGCUCACCGGUCGCUUGCGACUCAUCCUCCUAUCUCCCGACGAAGAAGAGGACAUCGCCGCUCAGCUCGCGGGGCCGGGCUGGUACCGCGCCAUCGGCGAGAUCCUCACGCAAAACGGCACUACUCGACUCGUCGAUCCGGGCGACUGGCGCUACCAGUGGGUCCUCAGCACCCUCCGCCGCCUCGAGAGCGUGAUCCCCGUGCUGCAGUACGAGGAAGGGCUCCGGCCAGACUGGAUGGACGGCGGGCCAAAUGAUAUUCCCCAGCCUCCGCCAGCGCAGUAUCCUUUGCGUCCUCGCCCGCGUGCGUCCGACUACUUCCGUCGAUUCGCAGAGGCCGCACGACAUCGGACCGCGCAGACCCCAGCGCACUCCAUACCCGGCCCACCUUACUCUUUGCUGGUAGUUGACGACCCGGACUCGUCCAACGCGUUCUCGUAUGGCUUUGGCCCGGAUGGUGGGGGCGGGGUCGUCGUGUUCUCCGGCUUCCUCGAGGACGUCCUGCGCAAGUACCCGCACGCGUUCGUCGAAGAGCCGCAGCCGACGUCCUGGUGGUCGUACAUCUUCGGCAACUUCUUCGGGCUCAGCCCGCGCCCGCCUGCGCACCCCGUACCCACCGAGGAGCAGACCUCGGAACUUGCGAUUCUCCUCGCGCACGAGCUCGCACAUCUCGUUCUCACACAUCACAUCGAGACGCUCUCCACGGGCACCAUCAUCUGGCCCGGGGUCAUCACCAUCUUCACUGACAUCGUCCGCUCCUUGCUAUUUCCCGUUACUAUGCUCUUUGGGCCGUUCAUCAACGAUGCCCUCGCCAGCGUCGGCAAAGCAAGCUCGGGCGAGAUCUCUCGCAUCACCGAGUACUGCACCUCGCAGUCACAAGAGGUCGAGGCCGACAUCGUCUCCGCAAGACUCCUUGCACACGCCGGCUUCGACCCGCGGCACGCCAUCCACUUCUGGGAGGGCCGCAACGAGACGCCCAAGACGGCAGAGUGCACGCCCGGGCUCGCGGAGGAGAUGCAGCGGGCGGAGGAGACGUCGCUGCUCUACCUCCCCCGCCGGUGGAUCGGCUCGUCGCACCCGAUCAACCUUGUCCGUGUGCAGAGGCUCAGGGACGAGCUCGACCGCUGGGAGAAGGCGAGGUUCGCCGCGAGAGAGAAGCGCGAGAAGGAGAGGGGGAAGGCUGCGGAUGCUAGCGCUGCGGCAGAGUGA